AUGGGUCGCAAGCGUAAACGGGCAAGAACGUCUCCUCCAGCUGGCGAAGAAGGGAGUGGACCACCGACACCAACAUCAGCACGAAGUUGCACCACACCCUCAGCAGCCCAAGAAAAGGCGGCAGCGGCAGCGGCGGCGGCGGCGGCGGCGUCAGCCAACCCAACCAGCAGGAAUCCCACCACCACCACCUCGCCGACAUCGGAGCAAGACGCGCCUGCUCUUAAGCCUGCGGCCGGCAAAGGCGACGGCGUCACCGAUGGAAUAACGGAAGAAGAGGACGAGGGUAAGGUACACCGCGUGGCCGGCGGAGUGUCUGCAGCUGCCGACGACGCACCUGGCGCGUUAGUAGUGGGCCUGCACUCCCUCGAGAAGCUGUGCUUCGUCGGCGCAGCGCUUGUGCGGUGCGGCCGUGGCCAGGCCGACCUGUCGGGAUUCACCCUGCUACCUGAAGCGUGGGGGCCGUACGUCGAGGCGCACUCGCCGCGCUGGAUGGGCUUGCUGGUGCUGCGUGCAUUGGACGCGGAAGAUCGCCCGGACGUAGCAAUAGCCCGUGGCAGCAUUGCUACAGAUGACGCGGGUGCUGCUAACGACGACAAGAUGGAGAACGAGAUCGAGGAGGCGAUCGAUAGGAUCGCCGAACAUUUCCCCGUGGUGGUGGUGUUCAAGUCGCUGUCCGGUCGCAGCCCGUUGAAGUUUUUGUCGGCGCAGGCCGACGCCGACGCUCUUUAUGCGCCGAGUAUUGGCGCCGACGACAGCUCUGACCCUGUCGCCGAAAGUCAACCACCUCAAAGUAACCGUCGCCGGGGUUUGCAAACGGCGGAGGGGGGCGAGUUGGGGGGGGGGCAUCAAGAUGACACGGAAACGGCGACCACCUGCAGCCCACCUCCCGUGGCGUCAGGGUGCACCGGCGACGUCCUCGAUGGUAGCUUCGCGGCCGAGCUCCGUCUCCCGGGAAUGCAGGUGGUAACGACCGAAGUAGCCGGGCUGCGCCCGCUUACCUUACCUCAAGACUGGGCGAACGCCAUCGACGCCGUGCUUGCGUCGCCACCCCGUCCAGCCGGCGGCGGCAGCAACGACUCGGUGCUUGUCUGCGGGGCCAAGGGCGUAGGGAAGAGCACCCUGUGUCGCUUCCUCGCGAACAGAAUGCUCGGCCGGCACCGGGAAGUUGCCUACAUGGACUGCGACCUAGGACAGCCUGAAUUCACGCCUCCGGGACAAGUAUCCCUCCACCUGCUCAACACCCCGGUGGUGGGCCCGCCGCACGCCAACCUCCGGCAUCCGCACCUGGCGUACUUCAUUGGCACGACCACCUCCAAACCGGAGCCGCUACUCUACUCGGCGGCGGUGCGCGCCCUUGCUGAGCGCGCCAGCGAAGGGGUUGUGGGCGGAGCCGAGCAGCAGCAGCAGCAUGCGGAACGACCGGCAUCCUUUUUCGCGGGCGGUGCCCCCCCGCCCACCCCCCUCGUUGUCAACACGGACGGCUGGGUGAAGGGCAUGGGGGAAGACCUCCUCGGCGCGGUGAUCGACGCGGUUCGCCCCCGACACAUCGUCCAGAUCCUGGGCACGUCUACCGCCAAGUCGUUCGAGCUCGACCUCGCCCGCCUGCCCGAGGAGUGCGAGGUCCACCGCGUCGGGGUCUGGUCGCCGCCCCCGGUCCCCUCGGGAGGAACGCCGAACCCGUCUCGUCCCUCGCCUCAAGACCAGCGAACCCUCCGCCUGGUCGCGUACUUUCUCGGGCAGGGGCAGGGGACCCGCGGUUGCGGUGAUGUUUUCCCAGGCGGGGUGUCACCGGGUUGUCUUUCGGGGGGGGCAGAGGCAGUCGCCACGGCGGCAGCCGUUGCGGGAAGGCAACGGGGAGCGGGUUCUGCGGUUACCGGAACCGAGGAUAGCUCUGUCGCUAGUGGGCUCGCAGAAGGCUUAGUUGACGGGGAAAAGGUUACGGGCGGCGACAGCGGGCGGUUGAGACACGCGAGCAUGCGGGGAGGGAAGAUGUACGACCUGGACCACGAGGUGGCGGUUCUGCUGGCGUCCGCGAGGCCUCGGCGGGUGCCGUUUCGGGCGGUCCAGAUCAGGAUCAUGAACGGCUCAGUUUCGCCGAGCCUUGUUCUGCACGCUAUCAACGGCGCGCUUGUCGGACUUGUGGCAAUGGCUAGGCAGCCUUGGGAAGGGGGGAGAAGCGGCAGUGUUGGUGGCGGUGCCGAGCGGCCGCCGGGAGAGGGCUUGGUAUGCUUAGCCGAGACACCGUUGGCACCGUGCGUAGGUCUUGGAAUCGUGCGGUCUGUCGACGUCGAGAAGCGAGUGCUGUACGUGUUGACGCCCGAGCCACCGGAGGUGUUGAGAGAUGUAAACGUGUUGGUGAUGGGGCCGUUGCAGCUACCGAUGGUGAUGCUCUACGACCCGAACUGGUGCUCGCACCCGUACUUCUCCUCGGAGGUAGUUGGUGGAGGGGUCAUCAAGAACCGGAACAAUUUGUUGCGAAGAGGGGGACAGCACGCGUAG